AUGUACGUGGACGACAUCGUCCUCACGGCCUCGACGUCCGCGCUUCUACACCACCUCCAGCGCCAGCUCCUCGCCGAGUUCUCGAUGAAAGACCGCGGCCCCUUGCAUUUCUUCCUCGGCAUCCAGGUCACGCAUGAUCACACCGGCUUCUUCCUCUCCCAGAGCAAGUAUGCCGACGAGCUCUUGGACCGCGCCAACAUGACUGGGUGCAAGCCGGUCAGCACGCCCGUGGACACGCACAGCAAGCUCUCCGGCGACGCCGGGGCGCCAGUGGACGACCCCUCGGACUACCGCAGCAUUGUCGGCGUGUUGCAGUAUCUCACCAUGACCAGGCCCGACCUGGCGUAUGCCGUCCAGCAGGCGUGCCUCUCCAUGCAUGACCCGCGCACGCAGCACCUCGCGCUUGUCAAGCGCAUUCUGCGCUACGUCCGCGGCUCCUCCACACAUGGCUUGCACAUCAGCAGGUCGCGCUCCCUCGACCUUGUCGCCUACUCUGACGCAGAUUGGGCCGGAUGCCCGGACACGAGGAGAUCGACGUCGGGCUACGCUGUCUUCCUCGGCGACUGCCUCGUCUCCUGGUCGUCCAAAAGACAACCCACUGUCUCGCGGUCCAGCGCCGAGGCCGAGUACCACGCCGUGGCCAACGCAGUCGCCGAAUGCUGCUGGCUUCGCCAACUCCUCGGCAAGCUCCACGCACCGCUGCCCAAGGCAACCGUGGUCUACUGCGACAACAUUUCCUCUAUCUACGUGGCCGCCAAUCCGGUGCAUCAUCGCCGCACGAAGCACAUCGAGCUCGACAUCCACUUUGUGCGCGAGAAGGUUGCCCUCGGCGAGCUGCGCGUCCUCCACGUUCCCACGACGCAGCAGUUUGCAGACGUCAUGACAAAAGGGCUGCCUACGCUAGCGUUCUAG